AUGGAUCAAGAAUCUGAAAAACACUUUAUUCAGGACACUAAGACACCAAAGAAAAAUCAUCACGUUGAAAGUUUUAGUAUUGAGGACUCUCUGAUAGUAUCUGUGGAGGUGGAUAAUGAGAAUGAAAUUUCUAAAGCAGGUAGAAUCAAAGCCCUACUUCUAAUAUCAGUUUCAACCAUCUUUUUUAUGCUUACAAUGAGCUUUUGAAAGUAUGGAUACCUGAUUAAUGAGAAGAUGGAAGGAAUGGAUUAUCUUAUAUUUAGAGGAACUAUUAUGAUGUUCUUUGCUACAUUAGAAGCACUCUGUAAAAAAGUUAAUGUGCUUCGAGUUCCAAGAGAGAUUUAUAUCUCUGUGAUAUUUAGGUAUUUAACCGGAUUAAUUGGGAUGGCACUCUAUUUCUAUGCAAUUAAGUACUUGCCUAUGAGCCAAUCUAGUGUUAUACUUAGUAUAUGUCCUCUGAUUACUGCUGUCUUAGCGUACUUUUUAUUAAGCGAGAUCCUCGUUAGAAGAGACAUUCUUUGCUUGAUUGGAGCUUUUGGUGGAGCUGUUGUUGUCAAUGUGUCAAGAAUCGGAAAAAAAGGAGUCAGUGAAAGCGAGAACAAUUAUUUGAAGGGAAUUUUGCUCAUUAUGGUUUCUAUAAUAUUUAACUCUACUGUUCCAAUAGCAACAAGACAGAUGGCAAAACACGUGCCUUCUAUUUACUCGCCAUUUUAUUUUUCUCUUGGACUUUUCAGUCAUUCAGUAUUUCUGUUGAUUUUUUGUAGGAGCUAUCUGAAUUUUGAAUACUACAAUUUUAAAACUAUAAUGCUAUUUUCAGGGAGUGCUUUCGCAAACUAUAUUGCUCAGUCAUUGAUGAGCGUUGCUUAUAAUUAUGAAAAAGCAACUGUUCUUGCUCCAUUCUCUUACAUUGUCACAUGUGAAUUACUUUUAAUUGACUGACUUUUAUUCGGAUACGAUUUCAAUAUUGUAUACUUCCUUGGCUUUACAAUGAUCCUUGUGUGAGUUCUUUCUCCUUUGCUAUUCAAAAUAAGCAAGAAGUAACUGUUCAAAUAGUUUCAAGGCUAUGGUUUAUCUCAUAAGUUAUUAUUAA